GGCAGAUUCACAUGUUGUUGGGCCCCAGUAAGAAGGAAAGCACUUCCUUUGUGGGUGAUGCAGGAGAAGAACGUCUUCACCCAAAUAACAUGAAGGAAAAUCCCAUACUGUGUUCCUGCUAAACAAUGGCACGUCGCAAGCAGAAAUGGUCUGUGGAUCCCCGGAACAGUGCUUGGAGUAAGGAUGAAUCAAAAUUUGGGCAGAAGAUGCUGGAAAAGAUGGGAUGGUCAAAAGGCAAGGGGCUUGGGGCUCAAGAACAAGGGAACACUGAGCACAUCAAAGUCCACGUGAAGACCAACACCCUGGGCUUAGGAGCCGCUGUCAACCAGGAGGACAACUGGAUUGCCCAUCAGGAUGACUUUAACCAGCUUCUGGCAGAACUGAAUGAUUGCCAUGGACAAGACACCCCAGAGGCUCCAUCCGGGGAGGGGGAAAGAAAGUUUAGCCUUGAGGAGAAAUCGAAGACUUCUCGGAAACGGGUUCACUAUGUGAAAUUUGCCAAAGGAAAAGACCUCUCUUCCCGCAGCGAAGAUGACCUGUCCUGCAUUUUUGGGAAACGCCAGAAGACCCAGAAAACUCAGGUCAGUGCUGCCAAUACAGACACUCGAGAGGAGGGGCUGGAAGAGGAGGAUGACCCACCCAAGCAGAUGGAUGCUAGCAAUACGGUGACCAGCACUCUUACUGUGCAGGAGUACUUUGCGAGGCGCAUGGCAAAACUGAAGAAAGCCCAGAAUGGGAUGGACGUGAAGCCAGCUGGUUCUCCUCCGUCCUUGGCGGAGGAGUUGGAGUGUUUAGCAACUCGGCCGAAGAAGAAGAAAUCUCAGAAGCAUGUUGGAACUGAGAACGUCUGUGGAGGGCCAAAGAUGAAAUGCCCUGGGACACUUGGCUCACGUGAAGAAGAAGUGGAUGAACUGGACACGCAGAAACGGAAGAAGAAGAAGAAGAAGAAAUUGAAGUACGUGGAAAUUGGUGGUAGUCUUAAUUGUAAUGGAUCCCAACGUGGUGCUCAAGGGAGAGGAACAUCCAAUGGGGAAGUCGAUGACCUAGAAGAGCCUAGUCCAAAGAUAAAGAGCAAGAAAAAGAACAAAAAUAAAGAUACAGCUGAGGGCGAUGAAGAAAGCACAAGGAGAAAGAAGAAGAAGAAACACUCCAGCUAACCCUGCUUCCUAGACUUUAGAUAUGAGCUGUAUUGUUGAUUUCUUGGGUUGUGCAAAUGAAUUAUUCAUGUAUCCAAAUGCACCCUAAUUUGUAACAUUUUUUAAUGCAA